AAACGUUACUCAUGGCAGUGUGUUGCUGAGCAGCAGCCAGUCGUCUCUCUCUCCUCACCGAGCUCACUCUCUAUCUCCUCCUCGGCUCCGUCUCACUUUACGCGCUCUCAAGCUCGGCGGACGGACGAGAGCUUUCUCCCUCUCUCCCUCUCUCCCUCUCUUCCAUUUCAUCGUACCCUCUAUCUAUCAUUUUUUAUUUCCCCCCCCUGACCCCCUUCCCCCGUGUCAGGGGCAAUUGUGGGGGUCCCCAAAGUGUGUGAUUGAGAGUGUGUGUGUGUGUGUGUGUUUUGGAGGGUUUCGGCAUGGAGGCAGUGGCACUGUACACGUUCCGUGCCACUGAGGGCGAUGAACUCAGUUUCAACAAAGGCGACAUGCUCAAGAUCACCAACAUGGAGGAUGAUCCUAACUGGUACACAGCUGAGCACCACAACAGAAAAGGCUUCGUGCCGAAGAACUACAUCAACCUGCGGCCGCACGCCUGGUUCGCCGGCCGGAUAUCUCGCGGUGUGGCCGAGAGUCGACUCAGACAAAUGGGGUGUGGAGCCUUUCUGGUCAGAGAGAGUGAAAGUGCCCCCGGAGAGUUCUCCAUGUCCGUGAGUUAUGGCGACCACGUGCAGCAUUUCAAGGUGCUGCAGGAUCGCAGCGGUCAGUACUACGUGUGGGACGAGCUCUUCUCCUCGCUCAACGAGCUGGUGGAGUUCUACCACAGCAACAGCAUCGCCAAGGAGAGGAACGUCUAUCUGAGGGACCCCGAGCAAUUCGCCCGGCGUCCCCAUCACGGACACGCCCUCUUCGACUUCGCCCCCCACCACCCAUCCCAGCUACGCUUCCUGCGCGGCGACGUCAUCGAACUCAUCGACUGCUCCGAUUCGCUGCGCUGGAGGGGCCGCUGCCACGGGCACGUGGGCUACUUCCCCCCGGAGUACGUCCAGCCUAUUUACCAGUGCCAAUGAACUGACUUGUCAAUCAAACGCAGAGCCAAUACCGAAGGUUCCUCGAUUGAGCCACCCCGCCCCCCGCCCCUCACUCUGCUCCCCCGCUCUGCACUCAGUUAAUUCAUUUUCUGGAGCGGACGACCGACGAGCUGAUGCUGAACUGCUCUUCUGUUACUGACUCCUCCAAUUUCCUGUGAUGUCACAAGCCUCGUCCAAUCGGUUGCCACAGCUGCAUCAAUUGCUUUCACCCGAUCCCACGACCCCCCCCCCCCCCCCCCCCACACACUUCUCUGUAAUCUUAAGAAAUUCCAGAUUUGGACCUACACACUGUGGAGAAUUCACAGACUAACACACACACACACCUCGACAUAAUCAUUUAUUACAGUUUAUCAGCACUGGUGCAGACUAAAUAAAGGAACACACACACACACACACACACACACACACACACACACACACACACACACACACACACACACACACACACACACACACACACACACACUAACCUGAUGAAAAAGGAAUGGAGGGAGUGUGUGGGACCCACAGGAGCGAGCGGAGGAGGGUCAAGGCUUCCUCCGCUGCAGAUGAGUCAGGAUCUGCUCCGGCACCUUGCAGCCAUUCCCACACGGAGAUCCGGGGAGCUGGGCCGAGACUCACAUGGAGAGUUAUUGUGUUCUGAAUAAAUGUGAGAGUUAGUGAAGACUCGGUGGAAACUGACAGCAGAUUCCUCUUCUUCCCCUGGACUGAUGUGUGUGUGUGUGUGUGUGUGAGGAGAGAUUCUGGAUUUAAAAUUGGGGCCUGAGUACAUGUAAACUUUAUUUAAGUGUAUGUUUGUUGGGUGACAAUAAGAAUAUGUGUGCAUGAGUGAUGUGUGUGUACGUGUGUGUGUGUGUGUGUGUGUGUGUGUGUGUGUGUGAGAGAUGUUCACUCCCCAAAACACUGCUUUGUUUUAUACAUAUACACACAUAGCCUACAAUGUAAAACGCUCAUCUCAACUUAUGGACCAUUUGUUUCUAUGUAUUUAUUCUUAUUCACGUGAAAUCUUAGAAAAACAUAUAUUACAAGUGAGAAUUAAACAUUGUACAAAGCUUUUUGUUCCUGUUGCAACAAGUCGAUGAAGAGAAGCACAUUUUACGCGGUGAACGGUGAGAACAAGGACCGGUCUUCCUUUACCUGUAAUGACAAAUCAUUUCAAUAAAGUGAUGCAUUUAUCUCUUUGAA